AUGUUUUCAUCUAUCGCAACAGGUGUUGCCGAGAGUUGUAUUGCGGCAAAACCUGUGCAAAGGCUCAAGGAUCACGGCCAUGUUCCUCCCCAGUAUCAUCACACGAACUCCUGGAGCAUUCCCGAAACUUCAAGUCGACGAGACCAGAAGCCUUUGGUGCCCCCAACGGCUCCCAAUCACCUUAUGAUGGACGCCGCCUUCGACCCCAUUAUCCGCAAUAGCGCGCUAUGCUGUCUGUCGGAAAGCACCACUGGAGGCGGCGACAUCGAGCGCCUCCUCUACUACUGCUGUCAAUGCGGUGGUGGCCCAAAUAGCUCCCCAGGCUGUCCCUUAUGUGGUCACAAGCCCACUAUCAGCUUGGGCCUCAGCGUCUUUGUUGAUCUUUGGGAUAAAGAUGGGCUAUUAAUGAGGAACAACAAGACCAACGACAUACCGCCAGUUCUGUGGUUUGUGCCACUAGACAACACAGUAGUAAUCAGGGAUGUGCUCGAGUACAACGUUCGUGUAUAUCUUGGCCACAAUGCGACACUUCUGGGCCAAACACUUGAUGGGGCAAAGGACCUGAGUACAGACAGAUAUGGUUCUAGUAUCCGCCGUGGACGGAUAGGCCCUUUUCCGUACAUCAGCCUCGAAAAUGAUAGUCCAUCUUACAGGCCCGUCUCUGGGUUCUGGGUCAAAGCAUCAGCUGCCCCGACGCUAGACCUGGUCAAAGAUUCGCUAAGCGAUACCAAGACAUGGUAUCGGGAAUCAACACCAGAAAUCGUUGAAAUACCAAGAUUCAGAAACAUAUCGUCGCAGAUGUCGGAUUUCAUUACUAUGAGAAUCCAGGACAAAGACAUCCGCUACGACGUCCUAGUCGAAUGUCUGAAGCUGUGGUUCGGGGGUCACGAUUACUCAGUAUCCGCUAUCGCGCCUUCAAGAGAUGAGCACUACGAAAUGAAACUUCUAGAAAGAUUGCUCCCCGAGCACAUAGAGAUUCUGAAAUCUUACUCACACCAAAAGACUCAGAGUGAAAAGAAAUACUAG